GACGAGAACCCGGAGCUGCAAAAGGUCGGUGUUCAGGGGCUGAGCAGCCACUUCCGCGACCUGUCCAAGCACGCCAAGAUCUUCACGUCAAGCCGCCCAGAUCCGCGAACCAAGUAUACCCUGCCAGGCGAGACAAGCAGUUUCAUCCGUAUCGUUGUCAACAACGCAACCAACGAGGCAGAUAUCUCGUCCUUCCUCGCCGACGGCCUGCGCCACCUCAGCUGGGACGACGCGACGACGGCGUGGGUGCACAGGAAGCUCUCGGACGGAGCAAACGGCAUGUUCCUGUGGGCCAAGCUAAUGCUGCACCACAUACAGCAGCAAGUCACGCUCGACGACCUCGAAGCCGCGGUCGACGAGCUGCCCGACGGCCUCGACACCGUCUAUGCCCGUAUCUUGGCGAAGAUGUCGGCCCUGCCCGCGCCCCAAGCCAGGAGCGUCGCGAGGGUGUUGCAGUGGGCGUUCUCAGCCCGACGGCCGCUGUCACUCGCGGAGCUCGAGGUCGCGCUUGCCGUCAAGCCGGGUGCCGGCACCGCGCGCCUCAACAAGCGGAGCCGCGCCAUGAACAUACGCCAGCUCAUCGCCGACUUUUGCGGGCCGCUACUCGAGGUCGACCCGCGCACUAGCACCGUGCGCUUCACUCACGUUUCGGCGUUGCAGUACCUCCAAACACUGUCUGAGCAGCAAGACGAAAGUAACCUGCCCUACGACCCGGUGCGGUUCCCCCUGAUGCUCACCAAGAAAGCUCCGCACCUCGCCGCAACUUGCCUCACGUACCUCGCGUACAGCGACAUCGACUUUGUCACGGCCGACAGCUCGCCCGACGUGUACGCUGCCCGGCUCGACCAGCACCUGCACACGUACAAGUUCCUGCGGUACGCCGCGCUCAACCUGUGGACGCACUUCCCCGACGGUUUCUCUUUUUCGUCAGGCUCCGCAGAUCCGGACCUCACACGCGCGCUGGAUUUCUUCUUCGCCGACGAAAAGAACAUGGUCAAGUGGCUGCAGCUAUACCAGCUCCUCGGGGAGCUAGCCACGCCGCGCAGCAGCAGCAGUAGCAGUCGGAGCGCAUUCCACCCGCAGGCGCCGCGCUUUGCUGGGCUCCGGCAGCGCUACGCCGGGUUCCGCCGGCUGGGCCCGACAGCGAGCGGCCUGUUCGUGCGCUGGGACCGCUGGAAGUCUGAGGACUCAUUCAACGGCAACCACUGCUCGCCGUUGACGGUCGCGGCCUUUUUCGACUUUGCCGCCGUCGUGCGCCAGCUGCUGUCGCAGAUGAGCACAAAGAGCCAGGGCGCGGCGGACGCGGUGGACAACGGCAUCGUGUUUGGCUACACGCCGUUCCUGCAUGCCGUGCACGGCGAUGCCGCUGACACGGCCGCGCUGCUGCUCGCGGCGAGGGCCGACCCGGCGCGCGCAACAACAGCCGGCUACUGCGCAGCGCGCUACGCGUCACGCAAUUGCAUCGGCGUGCUGCCGGCUAUCUUGCGGCUCGACGUGCCCUGGCUUGCGAGGCAAGACUACGAGGGCCGCACCGUGCUGCACGCAGUGUGCUCGUCGCCGGGGUGGGACCCGGCCGUGGUCAACUCGUUCUUGGGACUAUGCAGCACGGAAACAGCGCGACAGCACCUCGACACACAAGACACCCUCGGCCUCACGGUGCUGCACCAUGCCGCCAACAUCGACGUCGCCCAGUCGGCCGCGCUGAUGUGGGACCGGCUGAGCCACUCGUCCGACGGGGGGUCCGGGGCCGAGCGGCGCGUGGUGCUGGUGUCGCUGCAGGAGGCCUUCACGCCAACGACGGAUGCGUCCAUCCAGACGUGGGCGCGCAACUGGCACGUGUUCUUCCAGGGAACCGGGGAGGAAGCGCCGCCGCUCGACCUGGCUUCGCUGCAGAACCUCGUGCAGCGGAUCAAAGUCUACAUGCUGCGCGAGCUCGUCACCCGCAGAUCAGACGUCAACAUCGCCGACCACCAGGGCCGCACGACGCUGCACAUUUGCGCGGCCACGCACUCGCAGCAGCAGCAACACAAUGCAGGAGACGUGACCAAACAGCUAGUAGCCAAGAACCAAUGCAUCGAGGCCCUGCUCGCCGGCGGCGCCGACCCGUUCUUGCGCGACGGCGUGGGUCAGCUGCCCGUCGACAUGGCUAUCGCCGAGGGGGACUGGCCCGCAGCCAGAUUGCUCUGCGGGGCGAUGCAGACGCGUCUCGUUGGCGCUGGGCGGCCCGAGAGCGACUGCGACAGAACGGAGGAGCUGCAGGCUCUGCUGCUGGCAGAGACCACCGCCAACAGUGACAGACCACGCUCUGCUCCACAGUCGCCAUCACUGUCGUCGCUGUCUGAGACGGACUGGAUGGUUGUCCCUGGCAGCAGUAGUAGCAGCAGUAGCAGCAGCUUCCCGCGCACUUUUGGCGAUGUCGUCAAGGCGACACUCAUCCUGCGCAGCUGCCUCAAACUCGUGACAGGCGCAGGGGACGACACGUCCGCGAAGCUGGCGCAGCGUAUUCUCGACGCCGCAGGAUACUACAGCGUGCAGGCUAGGGCAGCCGUCGACAUUCGCUCGUGGCGGCCGCAGCAGGAUGACCAGGACACGCCGCGCGUGUCGCUCACGCUAGCGCUAGACAGCCGCGUCGCGGUGCGCAGGAUCGAUGUGUUCAUCGCGUCUGAGAGGCUAAGGCCGCGCAACUAUUAUGCCGACAGUGACGGGAGAGUGGGGAGUGAUGACGGAGCGGAAAAGCGACAUGAAGAUGGCGGCGGGUACUAUUACCACUACCGCCGGACAAAGUCGAACGUGGUGCUGCGCAUAACCUCGGCGGCGUGGAGGCCGUCGUCCGCCCGUUCAAGGGUCGGGCCGCGGCGCGUGGAUUCGGGUGUUUCGGUCGGUGAUAGGCCUGAGACCGCGUCUGCGCUGAGUGUCAGCAGUCAUAACACUUGGGAUACAGUUCGUGGGGACGACAGCAGAGCUGCGUCGCUGAGAAGUGUUGAGCUUGACAGGAACACCGAGACGCUGCUGGAGGAUAUCGUCAACGGCGACAACGACGGCGACGAAAGUCCAUGGUACCACGACAGCCAGGCGUUUCUGCGCGUCGAAGUGGCGUCUGCCUCUACUCCUGCCACUGACAAAGAAGGCAAGAACACUCCAACCCCACCACCACCGCCAGUCCCGCGCAUCACCAACCUCGGCGUGCUGGUCGACCGCCAGCGCAACGUCGACAUCUGGCGGCACACGUGGCCUGCGCCCCGCAGACUUCCGUCGGAAGAAAACGCCACAGACACGAGACCAAGGCCUGCGCACGCGUCCGGCCUCGACGACGGCCAGACGCGCGAGUGGCUGGCGAGCCUCAAGCACGGCGACACCGUUACGCUAGCGGCCGCCGAGGGCUUCUUCGUACAGGACAUUGCGCGGUUUGCCAAGUUCGGGCUGGUGGUUUACUGCGGUCUGCGUCUCUGAUCCUCUGAGGGGAGUUAGUGUUUGCCGGG